AUGAUCGGGCAACCCGGAGCUCCUGAGGGCAGUGACUGGGGACUGGACACGCCGGCUCGGCUCUCUGGGUGCGCCAGAGGGCCAAACCAGUUGCUCUUCUGCGGCCUUCGAGUAGCGGGGCCCAGCCUCCACGCCCGCUCCUACUCAGGGGCCGCCGAUUCCUUGCGGCGGCGGGCAAAGUGCUUCUCGCGCGAGGGCAAGCUCUACUGCAAAAAUGACUUCUUCAGGCGCUUUGGUACUAAGUGUGCGGGCUGUGCGCAAGGCAUCUCGCCCAGCGACCUGGUGCGCAAGGCCCGCAGCAAAGUCUUCCACCUCAACUGCUUCACCUGCAUGGUCUGCAACAAGCAGCUGUCCACAGGCGAGGAGCUCUACGUCAUCGACGAGAACAAGUUCGUGUGCAAGGACGACUACCUGAGCUCAUCCAGCCUCAAAGAGGGCAGUCUCAACUCAGUGUCAUCCUGUACGGACCGCAGUUUGUCCCCGGACCUCCAGGACCCACUCCAGGACGACCCCAAGGAAACGGACAACUCGACGUCGUCGGACAAGGAGACAGCCAACAACGAGAACGAGGAGCAGAACUCGGGCACGAAGCGGCGCGGCCCGCGCACCACCAUCAAAGCCAAGCAGCUGGAGACGCUCAAGGCCGCCUUCGCCGCCACGCCCAAGCCCACGCGCCACAUCCGCGAGCAGUUGGCACAGGAGACCGGCCUCAACAUGCGCGUCAUCCAGGUGUGGUUCCAGAACCGACGGUCCAAAGAACGCCGGAUGAAACAGCUGAGCGCACUGGGCGCCCGGAGACACGCCUUCUUCCGGAGUCCGAGGCGCAUGCGUCCGCUGGGCGGCCGCUUGGACGAGUCUGAAAUGCUGGGGUCCACUCCGUACACCUACUACGGAGACUACCAGGGCGACUACUACGCGCCCGGAGGCAACUACGACUUCUUCGCGCACGGCCCGCCGUCGCAGGCGCAGUCCCCGGCCGACUCGAGCUUCCUGGCUGCCUCGGGGCCCGGCUCGACGCCGCUGGGCGCGCUGGAGCCGCCGCUCGCCGCUGCUCCUGGGCGCCGCGAGGGACCGACCCCCAUCUCCAUCCACUCCGCUGGCUCUCCGGGACCCCCGGCCCGCUGCCAGCGCUCUCCCAGCAGCCGCGAGCAAUUUGUUGGGACCAAAGUGAAUUCUCCGGAGGGUCGAGGGAUUUCAAGCACGCUCUAG